GGACCCCCGUAGGAGUGGACACCAGCAACACAGAUCACAUGAACUACCUCAACGACAUGUGUGAAGAUUUCGAGAUCAAGAUGACAAGGAUGAUAGAAAAAUCACUGAAAAAAAAAGACAGCAAACAUUUUGGUAUCAAUGAAAAAAUGUAUAUAGAGAUUCUACAGCAUCUACAUUUCGCCAAUCAUAAAAGUCGAGUGUUCUGUGGACGAGCUGGUCUGCUGGAAACAGUCCGACAGAAAAUGAUGGCAACUCACACUGUUACUGAUGUUGAAGGUCAAAGUAAAGAGAACAGGGAAAAGGACACAGAUGAAAUGGAUACAUCUUCUGUUGUAUCUUUAUAUCAGUCAUUGGAUGGACAAAUUUCCAAGAAAGAUUUGGAUGAACUCAAACAGAUUCAAGCAGAACAUCAAGGAAUAAAAGAAAGAUUGAAGCAGCUGGGUAUAAUAUACAAUCACGCUGACCUUGACCUUGAUCACGAAAAUGACCCUAGCCGAAACCCAAAAGCUGAAAUGAUCCGCUUACCAGCGAUGAAAACCUAUUGUCGGCCAGUCACUAUUUAUGGCAGUUCGGGGUCAGGAAAAACAUCAGUGAUGGCAAAGAUAGCUGAACUUAGUAAAACAUGGUUUCCGAAUUCUGUUCAGAUCGUACGUUUUUUGGGAACUUCAGCCAAUUCGUCUUCUAUCCGUGACGUACUUCUGGGCAUCUGUCUACAGAUCUGGGUGUUGUACAAAGUGAAGCCCCCUCUGAACCUUGACCUGGAGAGUGAUUUCCACUUUCUCACUCAGUAUAUGUUAGCUCUGCUGUGGAGGAUUAAGACCAAGGACCGACCACUGGUUAUCCUUCUAGACUCUGUUGACCAGCUUCAGCUGACUGACCAUGCAAGUACCAUGCAUUGGCUGCCUCUCAAGGUGCCACCUGGUGUUCACAUUGUCGUGUCAGCCAUACCUCAACACAACAAUUGUUUGGAAAACCUCCGCUCUCUACUACCUUCACAUGACUGCAUGAUCCACGUUCCUUCUUUGUCACAAGAAACUUCAGAAAACAUGAUAAAAAAUGCUCUGAAAGAAAAAAGUCGUCGACUUACAAAGCUUCAGUGGCGCCAUCUGCUGGACAAGACUGCGAAGGUAGGCCAGCCACUUUACGUGAAGCUGUUGGCUGACCGGGCUGUAACGUGGAAAUCUUCUACUGCCAUGUCCAAAACAGCUGUUGGAAACAGCAUCAAGGAAGCCAUUGUUCGUCUCUUUGAAUCCAUUGAAAAAGAACACGGAGAAAUCAUUAUAACUCAUUUAUAUGGUUACCUGAGUGCUGCACGUGAUGGCUUAUCACUGUCGGAGCUCGAAGACAUUCUCUCCCUAGACGAUGAAGUUCUGCAAGACACGUUUUUGUACCAUCUACCUCCAGACCCAGAAAACAUCCGCUUCCCGUCGGCUGUCCUCACGCGGGCACUCUUCAGUGUACUAGACUACCUUGUUGAACGCAGGUCUGGUAUGACUUCUGUACUCUCCUGGUACCAUCGUCAGUUCACAGAGAUGGCAACAGAACGGUAUCUCUCGAAGGAUCGUGCUGUGAAGAUACAUGUAUUACUGGCAGACUAUUUCCAGGGAGUCUGGUAUAAGAAGCGAAAAGCUCUGAAGUUAUACAAAAAGAAGACGGCGUCGUACCCUAACGCCGUCCGCUCAGUACCGGAACAGCCCACCCUAUACUGCCACAACAUGUACAACACACGCAAACUCAUCGAACUGCCCUACCACCUCAUCAAAUGCCAGCGCUAUCAGGUGUUCCGUGACAUCAUAGCUUGCAAUUUCAACUUCCUAUAUGCCAAAUGUAAAACACUUGGUGUUGCUGAGGUAAUUGAGGAUCUCCGUCUGUGUUUGGUUGCCAUGGAUACAGAGGGUUUCCUGGAUGAGGAGAUUUACAAUGACAUCAAAUUUGUUCACAAAGUUUUACUGAUGGGUGUCAACAUCAUCCGGAAGGACACUAACAACCUUCCAAUACAGCUGAUGGCCAGACUUGGUAGAACAGUUAAGACAAAGUGGUUGCACAGUCUGGUAAAGGGGGCCCAGGAGUGGUGUGACACAACCUCUACCCCACUACUGGCACCCCGGUCCUUCUGUAUGCCCCCACCAGGGGGCGUUCUCCGGGUCACCAUCGACAUUGAGAUCUACCUGACGGAAAAUUCCAUGUCACGUGACUUGGGUCAUGUGAUGUACCUACAGGAGGAUGUCAAUCACUUGUUUGUCCUGACUCCGCCCACAUCAAGAUUUGACAACACCUUCAUCCAUAUGUUUGACCUAGCAGACAAUGGAAGCCGUGUGUUCAUGACCAAACUGACAAGGAAUUUCAUGGCUGUCAAUUUCUUGGCCGGGAACAAAUACAUACACGUAAAGGACACGAGAGGAUACGACCAGGUAUUCCAGUCCAAGUCAGCCACCCCUAUGGAACUUCAACAUGAGGCACACUGUAUCACAGCCUCCAGCUCCGGCAAAUACCUCGUCUAUUCCAACAUGUCGAAAGUAUAUGUUUGUCUCACGGAUACUCGUGGUGGUGUGAACAAAAUCAAGCAUGUGUUGGACACAGAUCAACGAGAAAAGGAUGUCAUUAACUCAGAUCAAGACAAGGACAAUGAAGGUAGUGAAAAUCAAUUUCUGUCUAAGAAAAAGACUUAUGAGGUGUUCAAUCUGAUUAUCUCCCCUGAUGAGAAGUUUCUAGCCGUGUUUAACAACAUAAAUGGUUACUACAAGGUGUGGAAUCUUGAAAAAGGCGAAUUUCUGUUUGAUGCAAAACAGCCAGAUACAGAAGAGAUGGACAAGUUUAGUUUUUCAUUCUCAGAAUAUGAUGACAUUGGAAAUGCAUCUAUAAUAACUAACGGUAAUAUCCUAAUCUACAGGAAAGAUGGCUACCGUUUUGAAGGCCAGCUGUGCAUGUUUGACCUUGAAACAGGAAAAUUCCUGCACACCUUGGACAGUGGAUCAUCCUACCGUCUCACGCUUUUGUCACUUCAUCCGACACACUGCUAUGUAUCUGCUGCCACCUCCACCACUUCCUGCAGUAGCGGUGAGCACGGCAAGGCAUGGAAAAUCUGGGACGUCAGCAGUGGUGACAUGGUUACCAAGGCUACAAUACCAGAGUUGUUUAAUGACUCUUGGGGCAUGCAUUGUCUGAAACUUUUUGGCUCGGAUAAGAUCUUUGCUGUGUCAUCACACCACGGGACUAAUGGAGCGAUACAUAUAUCGUACUGUGGUAGCGUGGAUGCCCCGAACUCAUCAGUGAUCCCCUUCUGCCGCCUAAAUAGCCACACCAUGGACGUGUUACAGGUGUUAGUGAGCUCAGACAUGAAGCAGCUGAUAUCUGCUUCCAAGGACAACUGUGUGAAAACCUGGGACCUCAACAAAGUCAUGGCCAAGUUUAACACGACAACAGAGGGUUGCUGUGACGACACGGAAAUAGCCUCUAAACUGAUACCAAUGUUUGAAGAGGAGCUUAAGCAGACUUUGACCACUAAUGCUAUAGGGGUCAGCAGUGAUGCUCGAGAGAUUUACCUGGCGCUGUCCAGUGGAGAAAUGGUAAUUAAAGACCUCAAGUCCAACCAGGUAAAGAGCCGGGUGACCAUGACAUCUGUACCCCUGUCCUUGUUGUUGGUUGGGUCAGCAGGUGACCUUGUGGUGGCCGCUUCGAAAAAGGGAAACAUUGAAGUAUGGGACAUACAAACAAAGGUCAUCCACAAGUCUGUCAAGUGUAAACAUGACGUGUCAUGUAUGGCCGAGGCCAGCGACAUCCUUGUGGCUGGUCAAGCAGGAAUGGAGGCCAAGGGUAGUAUCUGGAAUAUCAGAACAGGUGAUCUGCUGACAGAAUUGUCUCUACUCUACUCCUUCUACUCAGUGGCCAUCAACACCAGCGGCACCAAGUUUGUGUCCAGUAUGUUUGACUUCCCAGUAGUGGUCAGUAUGAAAGAGAACACAGAAUGUGGAAUGAUGGACAUGUCACAAGUGGACACAGAUAUGUCUGCAGCCAAAUGUACCGCGAUCAGUCCAGACGAAUCCCUUGCCUUGUGUGGCUCAAUCGAUGGAAGUAUCCGGGUCAUUGAGAUGACUGGUGCCUAUAAGUUCCGGCUGGGACAGAAGUCGACCGUCAUAACAGCGGUUUUCUCUCCGGACAGUCAAAGUAUUGUGUCCGGUGGCUACAAAUCUAUCUAUAUUUGGAACAUGCUGGAUGGCUCCCUAAAGUUCAAGGUCCGGAAGCACGACAAUUUUGUUCUCAACAUCAAGUUUUACCAGAGGGGUACCCACUUCCUAACAACUGGCCGAGAUAAGAGGAUUGUGAUUUGGGAUUUUCGGCGUGGCAUCUCGUUGACUACGUUCUAUACAGAAAGUCAGGUGGAUCUGGUAGAGUUUACACGACGGGGCUAUGUUGUUUUUGUUCCAGAGGGAGUCUCUAGUGCUGCUACACUCAAACCAAACCCCGUCCUCAAACAGAUGCUCAAGGGCAAGUACAACCUGAACAUAGGGGCUACCAUAACCAAUGCGCAGGGCAUGGCUCUGGGCUUCUCCAGUCAGAAGAUACAGGCAAACAAUGAAAGUGGUGCAUGCAAUAUUUUGUAAUUUGGGUGACAACAGAUGUGUGACUUGUCAAAACUUGAAGCCGUUGCCCGAGUGGGACUAGUUGUAUGGUGAAGCAUAUUAUGGUAGUUAUGACAACUAGGUUGGGAUAAGAUCAGAAACCAUGUUACCCGUUUCCCAAAUGGAUAUGUCAUAUCUUUAAAUCAUAACAACUAAAUAAUUACAGUAUUACAUAAGGUAACUAUGGCAACCGUGAUAGGAUACAGGCAGGGCUAGAAUUUUUAACUUUUUUUUGUUUUGUUGCAUUUGAUUCUUAUUUUACCCCCAAGAAAUUCUAGAUGUUGUUUUACUAAUUUAAAAAAGAGAAAUCAAUGACUACCUAGCUAAGAAAGUGAUAUAUAUGUCACUACAUAAUGCAAUUAAAACAAAAACUAAAAUAAAAAUAUGGAGUGCCAGAUUAUUGCCAUUAAAGGACUCAAUGUGUUUUACCUUAUUGUGCCUCUGUUUACAUGUAGCUCACUUGAGUGAAGAGUUAUCAAGUUUUUUCAACAUUACCUUGACCCGCUUUUAUUUCAGGUCAUGCGUCAGACUUGUUAAAAUCUUUCUAUUACUUCCCCUGAUGAACCAUGUUAUCUAGAGUUUAUAUUUCACCUGUGUCUAGUGCUAGAUGAGGAGCUCUAAAGUUUGGUGAAAUAUAUGACCUUGACCGACAUUGAAGGACACAAUAGCCAAAGGUGAUUAAAACUUGAAAACGUCUGUAUGACAUAGAUGCUCCACUCCAAUACAAAUGGCCAUUAUUUGACAAACUUCUAUAAAUAGUAUUGGUGACCUUGACUUUGACCUCGGAACCCUGUUUUAAACACUUAUUUGAGGUAUUACAUAUAUGGCACGCCUUUGUAUCUAGAAUGAUGCAACCAAGUUGAAUUGGUUGUCAAAUUUCUAUAUUUAGCAAUGGUGACCUAGGCUUCGACCUUAUGACCCUGAAAUACCAAUUCCCUGGAAGUAUUCUUAUUCACUGGAGAAACGACACUGCAUGGAUCAGGUUGGGAUGGAACAGGGCGGAUAUGGGUAACACUACAUGUAUAUCCCCCCUUAUAAUGGUAGGCAUACAAUCUCAAACUUCUUCUUAAGAACCACAGUGCCUACAGUCAUGAUAUAUUUUGUUGGUAGCUUACAGGAAUAAAGGACUGUUAAAAUGUUCAUGGUUCAAAUAGAUGAUAAAAACCCUGAAUGACCCCAUUGAUUCUUACAUGAUUUGUUGAGAUAAGCAUUUCUACUUUAAUUGUUUUGCUAACAUUAUUAAAUAACCGGCAAGAUACACAAGCCCAAAGUGCCUCAAAUUUUCCUCAUAUUCUCACCCUGACCAGAUCCGUCAUUCAGUUGACAGCUAGAUAGAUGACACAAUCCAUUAAUUGUUUAUGAUACCAUGUUCAGUAGCUAGAUAAAUAAUGACACAAUCUAUUAAUUGUUUAUGAUACCAUGUUCAGUAGCUAGAUAAAUAAUGACACAAUUCAUUAAUUGUUUAUGAUACCAUGUUCAGUAGCUAGAUAAAUAAUGACACAAGCCAUUAAUUGUUUAUGAUACAAUGUUCAGUAGCUAGAUAAAUAAUGACACAAGCCAUUAAUUGUUUAUGAUACAAUGUUCAGUAGCUACGAACAUAGCCUAUGCAGUUCACGAUUAUUGACCAUUUGUAAUUUUGUACAUUUUUCUCAAAUACUGAUCACUCCCACGUAUACUGCUUUCAGUCUACGGUAUUUAAUUAUCAGUAUACUGGUAUACCUGGUAUACAUUUAUGUACAGACCAGUCGCUAUAAUCCAGUCACCGCUAAUUUGGUUAUUUCACCAUCGAGUCUUUCUCUUUGGAAGAGAUUUAGCUUAUUGUCCCACAUGUUAUCCAGCUGUUUCACAUUUCAGCCAUUUCUACCUUUAAACGAAGGUGGCUGGAUUAAUGAAACUUGCCUUCAAUGGCACUCCACCAAAUCUUGUUACUGGUUGUUAACUGUCAAGGUACAUGUUUGAAAAUGAUGGAGUUCAUGUAUAUCUAACGAGGUCACAGACACUUCCUCCACUGGAUUGAUGGACAAGAUUCAGUCAUGUUUUCCAUUUAUAUACGGGUUCCAUAUUGUUUGACGUUGUGCAGGCCACAUUGCUAGCUGAAAUCCUGCAGGUUUAAUGAGAGUGUUACAAUAUCACAUCUGAUGAGCACAUUCAUUCUGUAGGUUUAAUGAGAGUGUUACAAUAUCACAUCUGAUGAGCACAUUCAUUCUGUAGGUUUAAUGAGAGUGUUACAAUAUCACAUCUGAUGAGCACAUUCAUUCUGUAGGUUUAAUGAGAGUGUUACAAUAUCACAUCUGAUGAGCACAUUCAUUCUGUAGGUUUAAUGAGAGUGUUACAAUAUCACAUCUGAUGAGCACAUUCAUUCUGUAGGUUUAAUGAGAGUGUUACAAUAUCACAUCUGAUGAGCACAUUCAUUCUGUAGGUUUAAUGAGAGUGUUACAAUAUCACAUCUGAUGAGCACAUUCAUUCUGUAGGUUUAAUGAGAGUGUUACAAUAUCACAUCUGAUGAGCACAUUCAUUCUGUAGGUUUAAUGAGAGUGUUACAAUAUCACAUCUGAUGAGCACAUUCAUUCUGUAGGUUUAAUGAGAGUGUUACAAUAUCACAUCUGAUGAGCACAUUCAUUCUGUAGGUUUAAUGAGAGUGUUACAAUAUCACAUCUGAUGAGCACAUUCAUUCUGUAGGUUUAAUGAGAGUGUUACAAUAUCACAUCUGAUGAGCACAUUCAUUCUGUAGGUUUAAUGAGAGUGUUACAAUAUCACAUCUGAUGAGCACAUUCAUUCUGUAGGUUUAAUGAGAGUGUUACAAUAUCACAUCUGAUGAGCACAUUCAUUCUGUACGUUUAAUGAGUGUGUUACAAUAUCACAUCUGAUUAGCACAAUCAUUCUGUAGGUUUAAUGAGAGUGUUACAAUAUCUCAUCUG